CCUAGGAAGGCAGGCUGAGGGAGUUGGGGUGGUUCAGCCUGGAGAAGAGAAGGCUCCGGGGAGACCUUGGAGGGGCCUUCCAGUACCCAAAGGGGGGCCCUACAGGAAAGCUGGGGAGGGACUCUUUGUCAGGGAGAGGAGCGAUAGGGCAAGGAGUAAUGGUUUUAAACUCAAAGAGGGUAGACUUAGACUGGAUAGUUGGAAGAGAUUCUUUCCUGAGAGGGGGGUGAGGCACUGGAACGGGUUGCCAGGAGAAGUGGCGGAUGCCCCGUCCCUGGAAGCGUUUAAGGCCAGGUUGGAUGGGGCUUUGAGCAGCCUGGUCUAGUGGAAGGUGUCCCUGCCCAGGGCGGGGGGGUUGGAAUUAGGUGAUCUUUAAGUAAGGUCCCUUCCGAGCCAAGCCGUGCUAUGAUUCUAUGACCGGAGCAACCGUUCUGUGGAGCUCGUUUGCCAGCCGUGCAGGGCCCGGAUUCCCUCCGCGGAGCCGCCCAGCCCGUUUUCGGGCGCCCGCUUCCUCCCUCCCGGUCGGAUCCCUCCGCGCCCCGAGGGCACGCGACCUCCCUGAGCGCCGAUAAGCACCGGGUCGACGGGAGCGGAGCCGCCGAGAGGGCGGGGACAAGGGAAGAGGGCAGGCGAGGCCGCCAAUCGAGGCGCGGGAGCGGUCGGCGGCGAUCUGUCGGCCCAAUGAGCGCCGCGGAGGGCCGGGCCGAGUGCGGGAAGUGAGGGGGCGUUGUACCGAGCGGGCGCCGUCAUGGCCGACGGGAUUGUUAGGGCGCAGGCCGCCUGGCCCGGUGGCGGCGCUGCCGCUGCAGCCGCUUUCGGAGAGGUCGCCUGCAAGGGCAAGGAGGUCCCCGCCAACGUUCUCCGUGAGGAUGAGCGGUCGUGGACGAGGAGUGCCUUGCGUUCCGUGACAGUUCGCCUCAGGCUCCGGUGUUUCUUCCUAGUCCUUCCUGAGAAGGCAGUUGUCCGGUUAUGUGAAGCAGAAGAUUCUGGCGGACCCCUUCUUGGGCGUUUAAUGGUUGUUGGCAAGAAGUGUGCUGCUAACCUGGACCUGACCAAUGGAUUCCGGAUGGCUGUGAAUGCCCACCCUCGGGCCCUUCAGGCUAUCGCGUACAUCUACGUAUUCUGGGUGGCGGUCAGUUGGGCCGGCCUCCCGGCUAAGGUUUUUGCACCGCAGGCGUCACUGCACGCGUACGGGUCGCCGCCGAAAGAGCCGAUGGAACUGCUCAAAGAAACCUGUUCAAAUGGACCUCGAGUGCAGGACUCUACGCUUGCUCUUGUUGAACUUCAUUUGGUUUCUUCUUGCCCAGCUCUCCAGCCCGCCCAGGUCUCGCUGAAUGGCAGCGCAGCCUUCUGGCGUGUCGGCCACUCCUCCCAGCUUUGUAUCAUCGGCGUACUUGCUGAGGGUGGACACUAUUCCCUCAUCAAGGUCGUCGACGAAGAUGUUGAACAAGACCGGACCCAGCACCGACCCCUGGGGAACACCGCUAGUCACAGGGCUGCAGGCGGACUCUGCGCCGCCGAUCACCACCCUCUGAGCUCGGCCAGUCAGCCAGGUCUCAACCCACCUUACCGUCCACUCGUCUAUCCCACACUUUCUCAGCUUUGCUAGCAGGAUGUCGUGGGAGACAGUAUCAAAAGCCUUGCUAAAGUCAAGGUAGAUGACAUCCACUGCUCUCCCUCCAUCAACCCAGCUGGUGAUGCCAUCAUAGAAGGCAACGAGGUUGGUCGAGCACGAUUUCCCCUUGGUGAAUCCAUGCUGACUACUCCUCAUAACCACCUUCUCUUCCAGUGGCUUGGAGAUGGCAUCCAGAACAAGCUGUUCCAACACCUUUCCAGGGACGGAGGUGAGACUGACCUUUCCAAGAGCUCCACAUCCUUCUUGUGCUGGGGGCCCCAGGCCUGCACGCAGUAUUCCAGGUGGGGUCUCACAAGAAGCAGGGUAGAGGGGGAUAAUCACCUCCCUCUCCCUGCUGGCCACCCCUUUUUUAAUGCAGCCCAGGACAUAGUUGGCCUUCCGGGCUGCAAGCGUGCACUGCUGGCUCGUGUCCAGCUUCUCGUCCAUCAGGAACCCCAAGUCCUUCUCCGCAGGGCUGCUCUCAAGUUCUUCUUCUCCCGGUCUAUCGAAAUACCUGCGAUUGCCCCAGCCCAAGGUCAACGCCUUGCACUUGGCCUUGUUGAACCUCCUUAGGUUCUCAUGGGCCCACUUCUCCAGCCUGUCCAGGUCCCUCCGGAUGGCAUCCCUUCCCUCUGUUGUAUCGACUGCACCGCUCAGCUUGGUGUCAUCUGCAAACUUGCUCGAUUCCGUCGUCUGUGUCAUUGCUAAAGAUGUUGAAGAGCACCGGUCCCGAGACCGACCCCUGAGGGACACCACUUGUGACCGGCCUCCACCCAGACGUAGAGCCGUUGACCACAACCCUUUGGCUGCGAGCAGCCAACCAAUUCUUUAUCCGCCCAACAGUCCAUCCUUCAAAUCCAUACCUCUCCAAUUUAGAGAGAAGAAUGAUGUGGUGAGGGACCAUAUCAAAGGCUUUGCUCAGUCCAGGUAGCAUAUCCUAUCCCAGGACUGGCUUCAGCCGUACACAACAAACAGUUACGAAGAGAGAUGUAGCUUUGUAAAUGUUUUUGUUGCCUUCGGGUGAAUUGGCGUCUGGUCACAUUGAUUGGCCCGCGUGGUAGCUGGGAGAUGGCCGACGGGGAGGACUGAGAUGUUAAAGCUGCCUGUGGUUGCCUGCCCCCAGCCCCGUCCCCGUGUGCCAUCCUGAUGGCAGUAGCGCCUGGAACCUCAAACUAAAGCGAGCGUAUUCUGAUGUCAUUACCCUCCAAGCCUGUCAGAGAGGCAGAAGCGCUGUGGCCUACUCAGGCAGGAACUGCGCGUGUGGGGACGGCCACGUCCCCGCCGCCGUGUCGGGCCAGUUUGAGCUCCGCUCUCCCUGGGGCUGCAGGGCGCCGCGGACCACGCUUGGGCAGCCUUGGGGGGCGCUGCCUAUUUUUCCAGAAGCCUCCUCCCCAGCUGAGCACAAACCCAAUUGUGAUGUGCCAGGGCUGAGCACAGGCUUUGUAUUCCUUCCCGCCACCCCCUGCACGGGAGGUGCAGCUUUCCCCCUUAGAAACACCAGCAGUUGAAGUGGGGCUCUCAGGGAAGGUUGUGGAGCAACUUCUGAAAAGGUAAGGCCUGCCCUGGCAAAAGCGGGGAUCUGCCUGCAGGGAGCAGCGCCCAAAAGCCACCAGUGCGUUUGGGGUGGAGCCGAUAGGGUCAUAAAUAAUACCUGGGGCUACGAGCGCGAGGUCCCACGUUUGGUCCGGGGCAAUCCUAAGCACAAAUCCAGGCUGGGCGGAGAAUGGAUGGAGAGCAGCUCUGAGGAGAAGGGCCUGGGGGCGUUGGUUGAUGAGAAGCUCGUCAACCGGAGCCGGCAAUGCAAUGGGCGCUCGCAGCCCGGAAAGCCAACCGUAUCCUGGGCCGCAUCAAAAGGAGGGCGGCCGGCAAGUCGAGGGAGGUGAUUCUCCCUCUCUGCUGCUGUGCUCUUGUGAGGCCCCACCUGGAGUAAGUACUGUGUUCAGCUCUGGGGCCCCCAGCACAAGAAGGACGGGGACGUACUAGAACGCGUCCAGAGGAGGGCCGCGAAGAUGACCAGGGGGCUGGGGCACCUCUCCUAGGAAGGCAGGCUGAGGGAGUUGGGGUGGUUCAGCCUGGAGAAGAGAAGGCUCCGGGGAGACCUUGGAGGGGCCUUCCAGUACCCAAAGGGGGGCCCUACAGGAAAGCUGGGGAGGGACUCUUUGUCAGGGAGAGGAGCGAUAGGGCAAGGAGUAAUGGUUUUAAACUCAAAGAGGGUAGACUUAGACUGGAUAGUUGGAAGAGAUUCUUUCCUGAGAGGGGGGUGAGGCACUGGAACGGGUUGCCAGGAGAAGUGGCGGAUGCCCCGUCCCUGGAAGCGUUUAAGGCCAGGUUGGAUGGGGCUUUGAGCAGCCUGGUCUAGUGGAAGGUGUCCCUGCCCAGGGCGGGGGGGUUGGAAUUAGGUGAUCUUUAAGUAAGGUCCCUUCCGAGCCAAGCCGUGCUAUGAUUCUAUGACCGGAGCAACCGUUCUGUGGAGCUCGUUUGCCAGCCGUGCAGGGCCCGGAUUCCCUCCGCGGAGCCGCCCAGCCCGUUUUCGGGCGCCCGCUUCCUCCCUCCCGGUCGGAUCCCUCCGCGCCCCGAGGGCACGCGACCUCCCUGAGCGCCGAUAAGCACCGGGUCGACGGGAGCGGAGCCGCCGAGAGGGCGGGGACAAGGGAAGAGGGCAGGCGAGGCCGCCAAUCGAGGCGCGGGAGCGGUCGGCGGCGAUCUGUCGGCCCAAUGAGCGCCGCGGAGGGCCGGGCCGAGUGCGGGAAGUGAGGGGGCGUUGUACCGAGCGGGCGCCGUCAUGGCCGACGGGAUUGUUAGGGCGCAGGCCGCCUGGCCCGGUGGCGGCGCUGCCGCUGCAGCCGCUUUCGGAGAGGUCGCCUGCAAGGGCAAGGAGGUCCCCGCCAACGUUCUCCGUGAGGAUGAGCGGUCGUGGACGAGGAGGUAGCCGCGGCGUUGUCGUGCGAGUCUUCUCUUUCCU